AUGUUCGACAGCCUCAAAGUGCGGCAACCCGGUAGACUGAAAGAUUCGAAGAAAGUUUCUUACGACAAGUCUAGUGUCGCUAGCUCUGUGCCAGAGCCCGAGCAUGAGUCCGAGCAUGUCAAAUGGCAGAUAUCUGUGUCAGACGACGAAGACGAGUAUACUCCGUGGCGGGAAGACACGCCGGUGAAUGAGACUCCACAUCGGAAAGUGAGACGCAAGGUCCGCAUUAUGGCGGGUGCACGACAGCGAGCGUUCUGGAAUCCUCAGAACAGAGGUACCUGCAUUGUAUCAGGGCUCAAUGACGGGUCCGUUCAAUAUCGUCACGUAUUGUCAUGCGCCACAAAGCCGGAUGUGCUCACGCAUCUGGAGUGGUGGUGGGGCUUCAAAGAAGAGCUCAGUGUGGACUCACGCCACAAUCAGGCUUUCCGUGCGUCUUCUUUCCAGGAGGCAUGCCGAUACGCGUGGGCUUACUUGCAUACAGUUCGUGGAGACCUGCAUAUAUUGUGGGAUCGCGGAGACAUUCUUAUCGCUCCGAUGCCCGACGUGGUGAACGGAUAUAUGGACAAGUACAAGGAUGGUGAAAGACACAACAUUUUGGAGGUCAUCGACAAAAAUAAGAUCCACAAUUACUGUGUGAUCCCUCACCCAGACCUUGUGGCCGGUGCACGUCCCCCUGGCAACUGUCCGAUCCGCGAAGAGUUCACCUACGGAUUCGACAAGGUUGGGACCAUCCGAUCCCAUGCGAAGCCGCAUUUCAUGGUCCUGAACGUGGCCAUGAAGCUCAAGGAGAACAAAGGACUAUGGGCAGAGUUGAUCAUGAAGGAGGAAAAGAAACAGGCGGCAGAGGAAGCAUCUAGUCUUCCUUUAACGGCUCCUACAGGCAAAGCAAUGACGCCAAAGCACCCCAAAGCUCUUAUGGGUCCGGGAGGAUUUGAAAUGGACAAACACUUCAAGUCGAAGGCAGACAAGCCCGAAGGCGAAUCAUGCGGUAGCAAUCUCAAGUUGUAUGCCGCCCAUUUGGCGCCUACUGGGUCACGGUGCCUGUUGAGUCUUCAGGAUGACAAAACCGACAACGAUACGUGUGCGGAAGUGGCGGUGUGGUGGGGCCUUAAUGAAUUCGACGUUGACUCCCCAUUCCAUAUCUUCUUAUACAAAGGACAUCUCAUGUUCGUGCCUGAACCUCAAGUUAUCGACAAUCAUCUCGAACAAUCUAUUGUCCCCAUCGAUGUAGGCAUGUCGCUGGACGAACCAUUUGAGGUGUGCGAUGGCCCCGUCUACGAAUACUGUGUCGUUGCCCAUAGCGACCUUCCCGAUACAGAGAAGAAUACUGCCUUUGCGAAUUCAAGACCUUAG